UUAUGUACGGUUGAAAGGAGAGUGCAAAGAGCCAGCUCAUAAUCCAGAGGUAGGCUGUGGUCGUGUCUCUCCUAUUACAGUCAGUUUCGUUUUAAAUGUUGAGAGGAUGUGAUACUUCCUGAAACAGUGCGUGAUCUUGCCUUCGGAGAGUUGAGCGGCGCCCCGACCUCAAUGCAGCCAACAGCCCGAGCCCGGUCCGACCAGAUACGGGAGGUUUGAUGAGCAACAGAACUCUGAUGGCCUCCAAAGAAAGCCCUGAUGUCAGAUCAAAUAUGUUUAUUCGUCAAGAUAGUUCCAACACAUCACUUUCUUUAGGAUUUGACCCUCAUCAGGAUGGAUUAAAUCUUCAAUUUGUUGAACCAUUAGAAGAUCGGUACAAAUGUGCCACUUGCUCCUUUGUUCUAUGUAAUCCUUACCAGACUGGAUGUGGACAUCGAUUUUGUGAAAAUUGUAUUGCAGAUUUAAUUGAGACAAAACCUAUUGCUGUCUGUCCAAUUGAUCAUGAAGGGAUUAUUCCAAAUUGGAUAUUUAGAGAUAACUGCUGCAAGAGGGAAGUGUGGAAUUUGAUGGUGUACUGUAAAAAUGCUCCAGAUUGCAACGUAACAGUAUCCUUUGGACGUUUAGGGGAUCACCUUAAAAAAUGUCAAUUUGAAACUGUAGCAUGCAUCAAUGGUUGUGAUGCUAUCUUGCGAAGAAAAGAUUUAAUUGAUCAUUUGCAAACAGUGUGUGAAUAUAGGGAAGAAGCCUGCCAAUAUUGCAAAGUGAAUUUAGUCUUUAAAAACAUAAAGGAUCAUGAAGUCACCACUUGUCCGAAGUAUCCUAUUCAUUGCACAAACAAUUGUGGUGGAAGUUUUAUGAGAAGUGAGCUUGAUGCACACCUGACCAUCUGUCCGGAAGCCGAAGUGGAAUGUAACUACAGAAAGUAUGGUUGCCAUGCCAGGGAAAAACGGAGAAAGAUCAAGGAACAUGAACAUUCUUGUUUAAACGAGCAUUUAUUGCUUGUUGUUAAAAACAAUAAUAAAUUGGAAGGACAGGUGAUGGCGCCUAACAUAAAUCUCCUUAUGAAACUUCAGAUAUUUGAUCUGCAAAAAACAUUAUGUGAAAGAAACCACAUUAUCACUCAAUUGGAAGAACAAAUCAACAAACUUGACAUUAAGGUUGCACAACUAAGCGAACUAAUUUCUAAAAAUGAUGAUGAAGUUGCAAAAACACAGAAAAUCCUAGCUGGUCAUGCUGAUAAAAUAAUAACUAUUGAGCAGCAUUCACAACAACUUUGCAGAAGAUUAGAUCAAGAAAGAAAUAAUGAAGUAGCAACACUGAAGGAAGUCAUUCAUGUAUUGAAGGAAAAGGUGGAAUGUGCUGAAAAUAACAUUGCAUCAUUGGUUUCUUUUGAGCCGUGCCUGAAGCAACAUGAGUUAUUGUUAAAUGCUCAUAAGAAGCUGCUGGAAAAGACUAAUGAAAGAUUUCGAGUUUUAGAAGCAGCUGGCUACAAUGGGAAACUGAUUUGGAAGAUCUGCAAUUACAGAAGAAGAAAGCAGGAAGCAGCAGAAGGAACGGCUCUUUCUCUUUUUAGCCAGCCCUUUUACACAAGUCGCUGUGGAUACAGGCUUUGUGCUCGGGCGUAUUUAAAUGGAGAUGGGGCAGGCAAAGGAACACAUGUAUCUUUGUUUUUUGUUGUUAUGAAAGGCGAGUAUGACUCUCUGUUGAUGUGGCCAUUUAAACAGAAGGUCACUCUUACACUGCUUGACCAGAGCCCAAAAAAACAUCACUUGAUAGAACUCUUUAAGGCCGAUGCCAAUAGCACCAGUUUUAAAAGACCGGUUUCGGAAAUGAAUAUUGCAUCUGGCUGUCCACGAUUUGUAUCUCACGCGAUACUUGAAGGUGGGAAAACAGGAACAUACAUAAAAGAUGACACAUUAUUCAUCAAAGUCAUUGUGGAUUUAACCGAUCUUGAAGAUCAAUAGAAGAAUUCAUAAAAUUUGACGUGAAGUAUACAUUUUCACAAAAGCUAAUGCAAUCAUUAUAAAAAUUCAUUAUUCAGUAUUGAGCAUUAUGUUACUAUAUUUCAUUGAGCAUUCAAGCUCAGGAAAGACUAAUAUAAUUUGUAAUAUUGUGAAUAUUUUUAUUUUUCUAUUAAAUGCAUAUCUCUUAUUCAUAUAAAGACAUUGCAUGAAUGCUGAUUAUUUGUGUUGUUCAGCUUGUGUGAUUAUUUCUAAAGUUAAAUCUGAUCAGACAAUUAUUACUUAAGACACAUAGAGGUAGAAACUCAACAUUGUUGGCUGCCCUUUAUGGCCAUUAAAUUAAUGUGGAAGUAACAAAAUGAGCAAGAUGCCCAAAUGCUGCAGGGCCUUUACUCUGACCUGGUGGCUGCUUGGAAACAUUGUAGGCCUGAUUUCCAUCCAGGCAUGAGCAUCCUAUAAACACUUCAGAUCUGUUGUGUAAUUUGCCUGCAGUGUAAUGGGGCCCAAUGCGUGGCAUGCAUCGUUACCUGGUUUGUAAGCAGCUUAACCAGUAGAUCAAAAAAGCACCAUCGGAGGCUGUCUUUUUUUUCUGCUUCCAACACUUAGUGGCUUGCACUCAGUUACCCACCUCUGCUGAUCUUCUCUCCUCAUCUCCCACCCAAGAUGUUUAUGAGCAUCGUCAUCAACUGGGCAAGCAACUCAAAUUCCACCUGGUUACAAUGCCAGGUUUGAUUGAACUAUUACAAUCAAGCCCAUUGCCAAGUUGGGACUGUUUGCAUGCUGCCUGUGCAAACCACAUGUGA